CCCGCGUCCUGUUGCAUCGGGGACGCGCCGAACCUCACCGGGACUGGCCGAGCUUAAACCGAGCACGGACAAACGUAGACAGGUCGCGGCAGAGACAAGAGGGAGGACGUACUCGGACUUGGAAAAACGUCGGCGUCUGGAGUAGCCAACCUCCAUUUGGACUAUUCUGUUUUUAUAUUUUGAAGUUACAAAUUCAUCCGCAGAGGGUCGGAGAGACGGUGCAGCAUGUCGGGCAACAGGGAGGAGGAGAGGAGGAAACUGGCCGACAUCAUCAACCACUGGAACGCCAACCGGCUCGACCUGUUCGAGAUCAGCCGGCCCACGGAGGAGCUGGAGUUCCAUGGCGUGAUGCGCUUCUACUUCCAAGACCGCAUGGCGGGCAACUUUGCUACCAAGUGCAUCCGCGUGUCCAGCACGGCCACCACUCAGGACGUCAUCGAGACGCUGGCCGAGAAGUUCCGGCCCGACAUGAGGAUGCUGUCGUCGCCGCGCUACUCCCUCUACGAGGUCCACGUCAGCGGCGAAGAGCGGCAGCUGGACCUGGACGAGAAGCCGCUGGUGGUUCAGCUCAACUGGAAUAAGGACGACAGAGAAGGACGAUUUGUCCUCAAGAACGAGAACGACAUCCUGCCCAAGAAGAGUCAGAGUAACGGGCCCGAGAAAGAGAAGGACGGCGUAAUCCAGAACUUCAAAAGGACUUUGUCCAAGAAGGAGAAGAAGAAGGAGAAGAAGCGGGAGAAGGAGUUUGCCCGGAUAACGGAUGGCGACGACCAGAUGCCCAAUCGGGACGACGGGGAGAACAGCCGGCUGGCCGCCGAGGUCUACAAGGACAUGCCCGAGACCAGCUUCACCCGGACCAUCUCCAACCCGGAGGUAGUGAUGAAGCGGCGCAGGCAGCAGAAGCUGGAGAAGCGCAUGCAGGAGUUCAUGAGCAGCGACGGGCGGCCCGACUCGGGGGGCACGCUGCGCAUCUACGCUGACAGUCUGAAGCCCAACAUCCCCUACAAGACCAUCCUGCUCUCCACCCGGGACACGGCCGACUUCGCCGUGGCCGAAGCCUUGGAGAAGUACGGCUUGGAGAAGGAGAACCCUCGAGAAUACUGCAUCGCCCGGCAAGACGACAAAUCUGGCAAAGAGGCCAUCCUGGACGACGGCGAGUGUCCUUUGCAGAUCUUCAGGGACUGGCCGGCAGACAGAGGUGCCUUGGUUUUCCAGCUGAAGAAGAGACCGCCCGACUACCACUUGCGCAAGACGAGGAAAGCAGAUGACAAGGGCCUGCAAGGGAAGGACGGCUCUGGGCCCUUGCCGCCGGAAAAACUGCCCUAUCUGGUGGAGCUGAGCCCGGGGCGAGGGAAUCACUAUGCCUACUACGCCUAUCGGCAUCACGAAGACGGGUCCGACUCCCGCGACAAACCCAAGCUGUACCGGCUGCAGCACAGCGUCACCGAGGUGGGCUCGGACUGCACCGACGACGGCGCCAUCCAGCUGCUGGGCCCGGGCGUGCUGCCUCACCACUGCAACCUGACUCACAGCGAGGGCCUGGUGACAGUGACGCCGCGCGGCCCCGAGGCCGAAACCUUCGUGGACGGCCAGCGCGUGGGCGAGACGGUGGCGCUCCGCUCGGGCGCCACGCUGCGCUUCGGAUCGGCGCUGGUCUUCAAGUUCGUCGACCCGCUCUACGACCAGGCCGCCAAGAGGGAGCCGCCCGCCGCCAUGCGCGCAAGGCACAAGUCCGGGAGCGUUCCCGACACCACCUUUGACCUCCAGGGUGACCUCCACGGCGUGGCCGCCAUCCCCACCAGCAAGAGCUCCGGGAAGUUGGAGAUGGAGCGCGGGAUGGUGAAGCCCAUGAUCCGAGGCGAGCCGCAGGACGGCCGGACCCAGGACGGCUCGGGCGACCGGCCCGACCUGACUCUCCCGGCCAGCAUCGAGUUCCGGGAAAACUCCGAAGACACGUUCCUGUCGGCCAUCAUCAACUACACCAACAGCUCGACGGUGCACUUCAAGCUGUCGCCCACGUACGUGCUGUACAUGGCGUGCCGCUUCGUGCUGUCGCCCGCCCACCGGCCCGACAUGUCGCCCUCGGAGCGCACGCACAAAGUCAUCGCCAUCGUCAACAAGAUGGUGAGCAUGAUGGAAGGCGUCAUCCAGGAAAGUCCUGAAGGGGAUCAGAAGCAGAAAAACAUUGCGGGCGCGCUGGCCUUCUGGAUGGCCAACGCGUCGGAGCUGCUCAACUUCGUCAAGCAGGACCGCGACCUGAGCCGCGUCACGCUGGACGCCCAGGACGUCCUGGCGCACCUGGUCCAGAUGGCCUUCAAGUACCUGGUGCACUGCCUGCAGGCCGACCUCAACAACUACAUGGCCGCCUUCCUGGAUGACCCCGAGGAGCACAAUCCGCAGAGACCCAAGAUAGAGGACGUCCUGCACACGCUGACGGGCGCCAUGUCUCUGCUGCGGCGUUGCCGCGUCAACGCGGCGCUGACCAUCCAGCUCUUCUCGCAGCUCUUCCACUUCAUCAACAUGUGGCUCUUCAACAAGCUGGUGACGGACAGCGAGUCGGGCCUGUGCUGCCACUACUGGGGCGCCAUCCUGCGCCAGCAGCUCAGCCACAUCGAGGCCUGGGCCGAGAAGCAGGGCCUGGAGCUGGCCGCCGACUGCCACCUCAGUCGCAUUGUGCAGGCCACCACUCUGCUGACUAUGGACAAGUACUCCAUGCAGGACGUCCAGAACAUCCACAGCACUUGCUUCAAGCUCAACUCGCUGCAGCUACACGCGCUCAUGACCAACUACCACUGCGCCCCCGACGAGCCUUACAUCCCGCCCGAGCUGAUCGACCACGUGGUGGCAGUGGCGGAGAACACGGCGGAUGAGCUGGCACGCAGCGACGGGCGCGAGGUGCAGCUGGAGGAGGACCCUGACCUGCAGCUGCCCUUCCUGCUGCCCGAGGACGGCUACUCGUGUGACGUGGUGCGCAGCCUGCCCAACGGCCUGCAGGACUUCCUCGACCCGCUGCUACAAAGAGGCUUCUGCCGGCUGACGCCGCACCCUCGCUCGCCCGGAACCUGGACGGUCCACUUUGAGGGGGCCGACUGCGACAGCCACUUUGCCGCCGUCGACAACUCUGACAUGCCAAUGAGGAAAGAGCCGGAGGUGGUGACGGUGACGCUGAAGAAGCACAACGGCAUGGGCCUCAGCAUCGUGGCCGCUAAGGGUGCCGGCCAGGAGAAACUGGGCAUCUACAUCAAGUCGGUGGUCAAAGGAGGCGCCGCUGACAUGGAUGGGCGACUGGCAGCCGGCGACCAGUUGCUGAGUGUGGAUGGGCGCAGCCUGGUGGGCCUGUCACAAGAGAGGGCGGCCGAGCUGAUGACCAGGACGGGAUCGGUGGUGACACUGGAGGUGGCCAAGCAGGGCGCCAUUUACCACGGCCUUGCCACGCUCCUCAACCAGCCCAGCCCCAUGAUGCCUCGAGCCUCGGACCGCAGCCGCGAGAAGAACGGCAAACUGCGUCCCAAGAGCGAAGGCUUCGAGUUGUACAACAGCUCAGUGCCCAACGGCUCCCCGGAGAGUCCGCAGGCCGGCUGGGACGCUUACCCGGAACCAAAGAAGAUGAGCGGGGAGGACCGGCUCCUCAAAAACCGGGCCGACCACCGCUCCAGUCCCAACGUGGCCAAUCAGGGCCAGAGUCCCGCGAGCAAGCCAGUCUACCCCGCUGGACCCGGCACCAAGAUCACCUCCGUCUCCACCGGCAACCUGUGCGCUGACGAUGAGCCUUCACCCCCGCGCCCAGAGGCGUACCCCAUCCCCACGCAGACCUAUGCCCGGGAAUACUUCACCAUCCCGGCGUCCAAGAGCCAGGACCGCGUGGUGGGCCCGGGACCGGGACCCUCGCAGCACUGGCAGCCCAUGGAGGACAGGGAACGGCUCCCCUCGGUGGACAGCAUGCACAACAGCAUGAAGCGGGUCAACCACUCGCAGGAGGACAUGUACCCUCCGUCCGGGAUCCUGAGGCAGGACGAGCGCAUGCAGCAGCACUACCAGCAGGAAUACCAACACCGAGACCUGGACUACCAGCACAGAGAUCUGGACUACCAGAGGGGACCUCCCGGUUUGGCGGGAGCGGAGCACUGGGUUGCUCAGCAGCAGGUUUCGUCCUCGCUGGAGUCGUCCACGUCCAGCCAGGAGCACCUCAACUACGCGACGGCGUCCGGCAAGAACCAGAAGACUGGGCCGGGCCGCUGGAAGACGCCCAACGCGCCGCACGCCGCGCCGCCGCACUCGGUCCAGACGUCGUCGCGCUCGGACCUGCCGCCGCCCCCUCCCCCGCCGCCGGCCACCUACCCGGACGCCUACGACAUGUACGAGCCCCACGGCGAGAUGCCUCUUCCGCCGCCGCCAUCCGGCGCCGGCUCGGCAACGGCCCAGCAAGCCGCCGACCGCAAGAAGCGCGAAGAGCAACAACGCUGGUAUGAGAAGGAGAAAGCCCGUCUGGAGGAGGAGAGGGAGAGGAAGAGGAGGGAGCAGGAGAGGAAGCUGGGUCAGAUCCGGGCCAACCCCGUCAUGCCCGUCCAGCCCCACAACAAUGGAGGCACCUUGCCCCCUGCCCCAGCCCACCACUACCCACAGCAGCAGCAGCAGCAGCCCCCCCCUCCAGCUUCUAUGGGCCUCUCUCACGCGUACCCGCCCCAGCAGCCCCCAUCCAGACCCGAGAAGCUGGCCAGCCUGCCCCGCUCGGCCGUGCCGCCCGCCUCCAACCCUCCCGGUAUGGAGACUGUGAUCCGGGACCUCCUGCCCCAGCAGCAGCCUCGCACCAUUGAGCGGCGAGACCUGCAGUACAUCACCAUCAGCAAGGAGGAGCUGACCAGCGACAGCCUCUCGCCCGACCCUUGGAAGCGGGACGCCCGCGAGAAGGCCGAGAAGCAACAGCAGCUUCACAUCGUCGACCUUCUGGACAAGGAGAUCCAAGAGCUGCAGUCCAAGCCGGAGCGCACGGCCGAGGAGAGCGACCGUCUACGCAAGCUGAUGCUGGAGUGGCAGUUCCAGAAGCGUCUGCAGGAGUCCAAGCAGAGCGAUGAGGACGAGGAAGAGGAGGACGACGAAGACGUGGACACCAUGAUGAUCAUGCAGAGGCUGGAGGCCGAGAAACGAGCCAGGCAGCAGACUGCUGUCCCAGCUAUCUCUGUUCUAGAUUUGCUUCAGGACGAAGAGCGGCGGCGCAAACAGCAGCUGGAAGAGAUUCGCAAGCGGGAGGCGGACGAGCGCACCAAACAGGAGGAGGAACGGCGGUGGCGGGAGGAGGAACGAGUCAAGCGGGAGGCGGCGGAGAAGCGGAGGCAGGAGGAGGAGUACUACACCCGUCUGGAGGCCGAGCGGCGCCGGCAGCACGACGAAGCCGAGCGCAGGCUGCUGUCGCCGGACGAUCCGGCCGGUCUGUAUCGGCCCCCGCUGCCCAGGGACUACCAGCCCCCCGCCCCGCACAACCCUACUAACACGCCCCCGCCGCCCCCGCAGAGAAACGCCUCCUACCUCAAAACACAGGUGGCCUCACCCGACACGCUCUACACGGCCAAGUUUGUGGCCUACGCCGGCGACGAGGACGAUGACGAAGAGGGCGGCGGCCAGCCAGGAUUCAACUCGUACACUGGAAACUCGGCAGGAGUUGUAGGAUCCGGAGAGUUCUACAAGGACCCGAGGGACAAAUGGACCAAGAGUCAGGAGCAGGAGAACAUCCCGAGCGGCGGCGCCGGUGGCGACGACGCCCCCCCCGAGAGUUUGACCUUCAAGGAGCGCCAGCGUCUGUUCUCUCAGGGCAAGGAGGUGUCCAACAAGGUGAAGGCCUCACGCAAGCUGAUGGAGCUGGAGAACGAGCUCAACACCAAGUAGUGCGAGCGCCCUCGCCUUCCACCUUUUUUAUUUUUGAAAUUGGAAUGGUUGAAGAAGCUUGCGGUGACUUUUUGUCCACUUGCCGCCCUUCCCGCCACACACGCACUGUACAAAUCCCAUCAGCAUAUUCGAUUUUUUGGUUGUUGGUGGUGAAAUGGUGCUGGAGGGGCUGGCUGGGAAAUUUUCAUGCUCAUUUUAAAUUUUAUUUUUUUUCCGUAGCUUCCAGAGAUUUUAAGUGGUUAGCUUUUACGCCCAACAGACAUUUUAUUUGACUAUUUGAUUUUUUUUCUCCUUUUUUUUUUUUUUUUUUUUAACUGACACUGUUACUUUGUGCUCUUUAUGCUUGGGGGACGGACAUUUGAGAGAAAUGCUCCAUCAUCUCCAAGCGCACAUGUAAAUAAUUGCCACUCGGACUACUGUACAAGCCCCAAAACGAGAAUGGCAGGAGCAACAAAAACCCGAGCUAACGUUAACUCAAUCUGUGGUCUUGUUUUUUUCCCUCGAGCUGCUGCGUGACGUUUGUUCGUUUGACAGGCGAGAGACGUUUUGUUUCAAAAAGAGAGACAAAAGUAGGCCGUUUUCAAAAGCCGAUGUUCAUUUUGGGAUUGGCAGAGGAACGGACGGGAUCACAAACCGGUUUUUAUGUUUCGCCUUGUUUUGUAAAUCAUUCUUAAUAAAUACAGAUUUUGCAACAAG